AUGUCCGAGUCUGCGACAAGCUCAGCUCCGGCCGCAGUGCCAGCUCCGGCUGAAGCGGCCGAGGCGGGCCCAAGCACUCCCACCACAAAGCCGAACCGAGGCAAGCAGCAGCAACCUCGCCAGCCCCAUGUGCCUCAACGCCUCACCUCCGAACAGCUUCGCAAACGUCUGCACUACAUCGCCUCUGGAUCGACUGUGAUUCUCAAGAUGCCAUCCGGUCGCACCAAAGCCGCUGAGAUCAUGCCGGGCAAGCAGGUCAGUCUGGGCAAGUUUGGCAGUUUCAAGGCGGACGACCUCAUCGGCAUGCCGUACGGGUUCACCUAUGAGAUCCAGCCGGACUCGACAGCGAGCACGCAACAGGACCAAGCACCGAGUCAGAACGGCAAAGGCGCGGAGAAGAGCAGAGCCCCAGCUGCAGCCGGAGGAUCGCUCAAGCUGGUGAUCAACCGCACGCUAGGCGAUCUCGAGACGGAAGCCUCGGAAACCGUCGAAACCACCGCAACCAACGAGCACAUCAACGACGACGGAUCCGCGCAGAAGCUCACCUACGUCGACAUCCAACAGCUCAAAAACCAAGGCAUCUCGGGUCGCGAGAUCAUCGAGCAGCAGCUAGCCAGCUCCGAGUCGUUCGCCAAUCGAACCGUCUAUUCGCAAGCCAAGUACGUCGCGCGGAAGGAGCAGAAGCAUCUCAAGCUCUUUACGCCGCUCCAACCGGACUUUGGCAACGUGUGCGACUUUUGGUUUGACAAGUCGCCAGAGAAGAUUCGGUACAUUCGCAAGGAUGCGCUCUCGCAGGUGUUGAGUUUUGGAAGUGUUCGACCGGGGGGACGGUACCUCGUUGUUGACGGUGUGUCUGGUCUGCUGGUGGGGUCGAUUCUGGAGAGGCUUGGAGGCGACGGCAUGGUCAUGGCGAUCAACGAUGCCGAAUCUCCACCUUCUCUCGACAUCGUCCCUUACUUCAACCUGCCACCUUCGACAACGCGACACGUGCUCAAGGUGAUCAAUUGGGCAGCCACCGAGCCGGACUAUGCACCCGUCUUUUCCAACCAAGACAUCACUUCUGCCACCAUCACCACGCGGUCCGUCAAAGACAAGGCGAGGGAUCGCAAGCGUCAAGCUGGGUUCCGAGAGAUCGACCGCAUUCGCACCGACUUCUUCGCCGGCGACUUCGACGCGGUUCUCAUCGCAUGCCAUUACGAUCCAAUGAGCAUUCUGCGACGACUCAAACCGCACCUCGGCGGAUCGGCAAGUGUCGUGGUCCACAGCCCCUAUUUGCAACCCUUGGCAGAGGCGAGCGCAAAGAUGAGGCAGGACGAGGAGUUUAUUAACAUCAGUGUCACGGAGCCUUGGUUGAGGAAGUACCAGGUGCUGCCGGGCAGGACACAUCCGGAGAUGACGACGAGCAGCACGGCCGGAUUUAUUCUGCAUGCGCUGAGGGUGUUUGGUGAGAAGCAGGCGUUAGAGAUGCGCAAGGAGUACUUGGCCAAGCUGGAGCAGGAGGAGUCAGAGUCGGAUAAGCUUGAGGUACAAGGCGAAGAGAAGGAGGAAGGCGAAGGGGUCAAGCGGGCGCAGGAAGACGACGGUGCUGCUGCUGAAGAAGAGCGAGAUGCGAAGCGGGUCAGGAUAGAAGAGACAACAGAGGCUGAGGCCGUCGCAUAG